AUGGACGCCCGUUACCAGGAGGCGCUGCGUCGCACAUUCGCCUUCCCACAGAGUGUGGGCAUUGCAGGAGGCAAGCCUAACACAUCGCUCUAUUUCAUCGGCACCCACCGGAACGAUGUGCUCUUCCUAGACCCGCAUUAUCCACAGCAGGUAAAGUUCAGUGGUUACCGGGUAACAAGGAUAUGUGGUUACCAGGUUAUAGUAGCGUGCAAGUGGGUGGGAGGCAAGCCCAACUCUUCGCUCUAUUUCAUCGGCACAUACCAGAGCGAGGUUCUCUUCCUGGACCCGCACUACCCACAGCAGGUGGGAUUCAGAUGUAUGUGUGGUUACCAGGUAACACCAGGUUGCAGUGGCGUGCAACUGGGAGGCAAGCCCCACACGUCGCUCUAUUUCAUCGGCACACAUCAGAACGGUGUGCUCUGGACCCGCACUACCCACAGCAGGUAA